AUGCCUUCGGCACUGAAAUACGAAUUGGUAGCUCGUUGCUCUACCACUAAAGCGCGAGCUGCCAUCCUUACCCUCCCUCAUGGCCCGGUGCAACUGCCGCUGUUCAUGCCAGUUGCAACCCAAGCCUCUCUCAAAGGACUGACGCCGCAGCAGUUAGAGGAGACUGGCUGCAGACUCUGUCUAAACAACACGUACCACUUGGGACUGAAACCUGGGCAAGAGGUGCUGGAAAAGCUCGGGGGAGCCCACAAGCUACAAGGAUGGAAUCACAACAUCCUGACAGACAGUGGAGGUUUCCAGAUGGUCAGUUUGUUAAAACUGGCGAACGUAACGGAAGAGGGCGUUCGCUUCCUCAGCCCUCACGAUGGAACGCCGAUGCUCCUGACCCCGGAACACUCAAUCAGUCUGCAGAAUACCAUAGGUAGCGAUAUCAUUAUGCAACUUGACGAUGUCAUCGUCACAACCUCUCCUGAUAUGGAACGAAUGCGGGAAGCUAUGGAGAGGAGCGUUCGGUGGCUCGACCGCUGUAUAGCCGCGCACAAGAAUCCCACGAAACAAAAUCUGUUCUGUAUAAUACAGGGAGGUCUUGAUCUCGAAUUGAGGGCGAGAUGUUGUAAGGAGAUGGUUGCAAGGGGUACUCCUGGAAUUGCAAUAGGAGGAUUAAGUGGUGGCGAAGCCAAGGCGGACUAUUGUCGUGUGGUAAGCACAUGUACGAGUCUCUUGCCCGAGAUGAAGCCAAGAUAUGUUAUGGGUAUUGGCUAUCCUGAGGAUUUGGUUGUCAGUGUCGCUCUCGGCGCGGAUAUGUUCGAUUGUGUCUGGCCGACAAGAACCGCGAGAUUUGGAAAUGCGAUUACGAAGUACGGAGUCUUGAACUUAAGGCAUGCAAGAUAUGCAAACGACUUUGGGCCUAUUGAGGAAGGCUGUGGAUGUGUUUGUUGCCGGGAAGGAGAGGGAGGCUUAGGGGUCACCAAAGCAUUCAUUCAUCAUAUUGCUGCUAAGGAGACCGUUGGAGCCCAUCUCCUGACGAUGCACAAUGUUCAUUAUCAACUGGCCUUAAUGAGAAGUGUCAGAGAUUCUAUUAUCGAGGACAGGUUUCCAGCUUUCCUGAAGCAAUUCUUCGCGGACCGCCAUGACGGCGACAAGACGAAGUACCCAGAUUGGGCGGUCGAGGCGUUGAGAACGGUCGGAGUGGAUCUGAUGGAGCCGUAG